CCGAUUCUUGUUGAUUUGGAGCACAGCAUUUGCUGCAUUUCUUCGCCAUCAUGAGCUCUCUCAAGGCCUCGAAGAAACGCAAGGCCGUUACCCGUGAUGUGGAGGAGGAAGCUGGGGUCUUUUCUGGCGACGAACUGAACGCUGGGGAUCUGGACGGCGCGCUGUCGGACAAUGCUCACGACCUGUCCAGCGACGAAGAUGCCAGUGACUCUGAGGUUGAAUUGGUGGAUGAGUUUAGCGAUGACGAAGAUGAGGAUGAGGAAGAGCUCGACAGUGAUGAAAUUCCGUCGGAUGACGAUGUGCUUGCGAAAAAAUCUGGUGUAUCAGCAAUUGAUGUCAAGGGACUUUCCGACGACGAUGAUAGCGAGGAGGAGCAAUUGAACUAUCGUAUUGAAAAGGAUGCGAAUGGAAACGAGCGAUAUCUUUACGACGAGAUUAACCCGGACGAUAACUCUGACUAUUCCGAUGCCGACGAGAAAAUGAACACUAUUGGUGAUAUCCCGCUGUCUUUCUACGAUCAAUACCCUCAUAUUGGUUAUGAUAUCAACGGAAAGAAGAUUAUGCGCCCUGCAAAGGGAGAGGCUCUGGAUGCAUUGCUCGAUAGCAUCGAGAUUCCUAAGGGUUGGACCGGUCUAACUGAUCCAUCGACCGGCAAACCCUUAGAAUUGAGCCAGGAUGAGCUCGAGCUGUUGCGCAAAGUCCAAAUGAACGAGAUCCCACAAGAUGGGUAUGAUCCGUAUGAACCUCUGCUUGAGUGGUUCACCCCCCAACAGGAGAUCAUGCCUCUCAGCGCUGCGCCUGAGCCGAAACGUCGAUUUGUUCCCUCCAAACACGAAGCUAAGCGAGUGAUGAAGAUUGUCAAGGCUAUUAAGGAAGGCCGCAUCUUGCCAUUCAAACCCCCGACGGAAGAAAAUGAAGGAGAAAAGGAUAUAAUCAAAUACGAUCUGUGGGCGGAUGAAGCAGAACGACCUGAUCACCCCAUGCACGUCCCCGCUCCUAAGCUUCCACCCCCAGGCUACGAGGAGAGUUAUCACCCACCCCCAGAGUAUCUUCCCGACAAGAAGGAACGCAAAGAAUGGGAGGAUGCUGAUCCCGAAGAUAGAGAGCGUGAGUAUCUUCCCAAUGACUUUGGCUCUCUUCGCAAGGUUCCUGGUUACGAGACUUUCGUUAAGGAGAAAUUUGAGCGCUGCUUGGACCUUUACCUGGCUCCCAGAGUGAGGAGAAGCAAGCUGAAUAUUGAUCCUGAGAGCUUGCUUCCUAAACUCCCAAGCCCAGAAGAGCUGAAGCCAUUCCCCACGGCUUGCGCCACCAUCUUCAGAGGACACAAGGGCCGUGUUCGCAGUUUGGCAGUUGAUCCUACUGGCGUUUGGCUUGCUACAGGUGGGGAUGAUGGAACUGUUCGUGUUUGGGAACUCCUCACAGGUCGCCAGCUGUGGAGCGUCAAGCUGGCUGAAGAUGAGGCUGUGAACGUGGUGCGCUGGCGCCCUGGCAAGGACGCUGUUGUCCUUGCUGCUGCCGCAGGCGACGAUAUCUAUCUCGCAGUGCCUCCCGUGGCGGACCCCGAGACCGAAAUGGCCAGCUUGGACCUGCUUGAUGCUGGCUGGGGAUACGCAGCCUCGAAGCCUGCCCCUAGCGCCGCUGAUGAGGGCAAGAAGAACACUCCUCCCCAAUGGAUUCGCCCUUCGGCCUCUCUCGCAGACUCUGGCGUCUGUGCUGUCAUUCCCCUGCGUUACGUUCCCAAGUCUAUCUCAUGGCACCGCCGCGGAGACUACUUCGUUACCGUGUGCUCUGGUGCCUCGACCCCAGCCUCGGUGGCGAUUUCAAUCCACACUCUUUCCAAGCACUUGACCCAAUACCCAUUCCGCCGGCGCAUUAAGGGUGGUGGACCCCCACAAACAGCGCACUUCCACCCCUCCAAGCCGAUCCUCUUCGUCGCCAACCAACGGACAAUCCGAGCUUACGACCUGUCGCGCCAACUUCUCGUCAAGAUUGUCCAGCCAGGUGCCCGCUGGAUUUCCUCCUUCGACAUUCACCCGACAUCCUCGACCGCGGCCGGCGGAGACAAUAUUAUCGUUGGUUCCUACGACCGCCGCCUGCUGUGGCACGAUCUCGAACUUUCCCAACGCCCCUACAAAACCCUCCGCUACCACCGCAAAGCCAUCCGAGCUGUCCGCUUCCACCCCGGUGGCCGCUAUCCUCUCUUUGCUGACGCUAGUGACGACGGCUCUCUGCAGAUUUUCCACGGUAACGUUACCGGCGAUAUGCUCAGCAACGCUACCAUCGUCCCCUUGAAGGUUCUCAAGGGCCACAAGAUCACAGGAGAGCUAGGUGUCUUGGACAUCGAUUGGCAUCCCCGAGAAGCUUGGUGUGUCAGUGCCGGUGCGGAUGGAACAUGUCGUUUAUGGAUGUAAAUUUCCGUAAUUUCCCCGUUGAAAAAUUUUAAAUGUAACAUUGCAUGUGUGUCCCCUCCCCGCUUGUUUUCUUUUUUUUUUUUUUCUUUUCCUUUUCCUUUUCCUUUUCCCUUGUGGCCUUGUGCCUUGUCUGUCUAGUCUACAGGAAGGGGGGGCGUUUUGGUGUAUAUACGUUCAU